UCCUCCUCCUCCUCCUCCUCCUUGAUCAUCACACCAGCCCUACAUAACACCAGCACCUGCAGUCUUUGAUUCGCAACAGAGGUCGCAUCAGUAGCGUAGAGCUCUUCUCGCUCUGUCCGUGAGACUCCCGCCUCGUCCUGGCUUCGUGUCCCUGUGUGGGCACAUCCGCGCCACCACCCACUACCCCCUCGUCACACCGAGCGCAGGGCCUGCAGCUACUCCUACCCUACACCACGAGCACGUAAAGCCUCGAAUCAAGAAGACAAGCAUUCCCUUUGCGAAGGCGACAGGUCCCGCACCCCUCUCUUCAGUUUGUAAGGGUCAAGACAUCGCCCACUGAGUAGCGAUCUGACCCGCUUCACUCUUAAUCAACUGUCUCUCUCUCUCUCGCGACGUGUGGCACAAGUCCAAAGCUCGACCUUUGGCACAUGAAUUCACGCAAUUACAUCCCGACGGCGAGGGAUCGGGAGAUCAAAGCUGGCGAGCUCAUCUCGGACUCUGAGACCGAGUCUAACCUCUCAAGACCACCUACGCCAGAGCGUCAUCAAUACCCAAAACACCGGCUUGGCGGGCUGCAAAGCAAGGAUGGUCAUGCCCUCAGACACGAGCCCACCGAAGAAGAGCAUCUCAGCGGCGGUCGGCUACAAAUGGUGCGGGAGCCGAGCCCAUAUGAUAACGGCAUGGCCGUCCCUCAUCCUCCCGCUCGAUCCGUGAGCCAAGAUGCUGGGGGUGCACCAAUGGGAAAUACACUUGCCUCCACCAGAGACACCGCCUUGGGGGCGGCACAUCCACGUACAUCUUCACGUGCCUCUUCUCCUCCUCCGCAAGCAAUGUCGCCGCCUCCAAAAGUCGCUCCGACGACUCAGAUGAGCAGCAACAAUGGCAAAAGUACUGGAAGCUUUGGAUCCUCCACAGUGGUCGCGAAUGCUUCGAGCUCGUCUCUUGCCACGCUCAAAGCUCCCACAGCCGAAUUGGACAGCUCGUCGCAGGCACUUGCUGCCCCUUCAUCAACACAACCGUCGCACCCGUUGCAUCAAGUACCCGCGGAAAAGGCCGAGAGGGAUCGUGAUGGCGGCAGGGGUAUGCUGCGCAGGAUGCUAUCCGGUGGCAAUCACGACAAAGACAAAGGCGCAGCUGGUAAUCACUCUCCUUCGCGCUCUCCUCACCUAAGGACUGCAUCAGCCUACGGUCCAGGCGGAGGAGCAAGGUCUCCUUCCUCGUCCAACGCGAGUCCCCCAGGUACUCCGAAGCAUGAGCAUGUUGGUGGCCCCGACGGGGCCAGCUUGAUGCAUGCUGUACAGUCGAUGAAUCUGGGCAACGGUAGCAAUGGCGGACACUCUCCAGGUGGCAGCCAACCUUUGAGUCGCAACCAGUCCUUCAAGCGGAAAGACAAAGGCCAGAGUGACGCCGUAAUGACAAGCAGCGGGCAGGCUCCUCCUCAAGAGGGGAGCAAUAGGCUUACCGCUGCUGCACUUCGUGACAUGGAGUCAAAGCAUGUCACGACUUCAUCGAAGACCAAGGACAAGGACGCGCGUUCAACAGCCUCUUCGACUCUGCGGGACAUGAUCGCGGGACUUGGAGGCUCUGGGGCCGGGAAAAUGGUGCGGCGAGGCUCCAAUGUAUCUCAUGGCAAUCGGUCCGACAAGUCCGGGUCAGAGAGAGGCGGUGAUGGCAAGUCACAAGCGGGCAAGAGUGCUGCAGGCAGCGAGAACACCACGAGCCUACUGAAAAAGUAUGGUGUGUGCGAAAAGGCGGCCAUCGGCAAGGGUGCUACAGCCGUCGUACGACUUGCUCACAAAUGGGAUCGGAGUACAGAAAAGCUGUACGCGGUGAAAGAGUUCCGGAAACGUCGCAAGAAUGAAUCGGAAAAGGAAUACGUCAAGAAGCUCACUUCGGAGUUCUGCAUCUCUUCUACUUUGCACCACAUCAACAUUGUAGAGACCGUGGAUCUCGUCCAGGACGAGAACAAGCACUGGUGUGAGGUCAUGGAAUACUGUCCCGGAGGUGAUCUGUAUGCUGCCAUCAAGCGAGGCGGCAUGAGUCAAGGCGAAGUUGAGUGCUGCUUCAAGCAAGUGCUGAACGGCAUUGCUUACCUCCACUCGAUGGGAGUAGCACAUCGCGAUAUCAAACCGGAGAACCUCCUUCUUGAUGCCGUCGGCCACGUCAAGAUCACCGAUUUUGGUGUUUCCGACGUCUUUCGGAUGUGUUGGGAGAAAUCGACCCACUACUCAAAAGGUUUAUGCGGAUCCGAACCCUACAUCGCGCCGGAACAAUUCGAAUGCAAGGAGUACGACGCAAGACUCGUCGACGUCUGGGCGGCUGCGGUUGUCUUUUAUUGCAUGCAGUUCCAAGAGCUGCCGUGGCGGGUAGCUCGUAUGUCGGAUCCCACCUUCAAGGAGUUUGUGCACUCGUACCACGGCUCCCCAGCGCCGUCUCCCCUGUCCAACCUUAGCCCCAGGGAGUGUCGACCUCUGCUCAAGAAGAUGCUCUGCCCGGAUCCCAAGGGGCGGUGGGGUAUGGAUGAGAUUCUCAAGGAUCCGUGGUUGACAAGCGUCACACUCUGCGAAAAUGGAGUCGCUCCGAAUCACAAGCAUAACAUCGUGACGGCAACGAUCGCAUCGACAUCGUGAAUCAAUGAGGAUUUUUGAGAUUGUCCAGAGUGGGCUGCCAUAUGGGCGCAGUCAGACGGGGAAGAGUUCCGUAGCGUGUUGUAAUGAGCUUGGUGUCGUUCCUCUGAUAUAAUCUCACACAUGUUGCGCUCUG